CACGUUCAAAGCGCAUGAUACGAUCUUUGACGCCCUCAACGUACGCACCAAGCGUCCUUGAAAGCUUGCCUCACAGCGGCCACCAUCUGAUCAAACGAGAGAAUAUUAGCAGCCGUCAGCGAGGAAGGGCCCCUUCAAGGCAGAUUUUGGCAGUCAGAAUGAACGAUGAGUCGCGUCAGUACAUAUCUGACUCUAUACGAACCAUUCCAGACUUCCCAAAGAAGGGCAUCAUGUUCCACGAUGUGACGUCUUUACUGCUGGAUCCAAAGGCCUUCCAAUUGAGUAUCGAUGACUUUGCUGCACGAUACAAAGACCACAAGAUUGACGUGGUGGCAGGCUUUGAGGCUCGGGGAUUCAUCUUUGGAGCUCCGCUUGCUCUCCAGCUGAAGUGCGCCUUUGUGCCGCUGAGAAAACCUGGAAAGCUGCCUGGUGAGACAAUUGGAGCCAGUUAUCAGCUGGAGUAUGGUGAAGACCGCAUAGAGAUGCACUUGGGGCAUGUCAAGGAGGGACAGCGGGUGCUGCUGAUUGAUGACUUGAUAGCCACCGGGGGGACCCUAGCUGCAGGAAUCAAACUCAUGAACCAGGUGAAGGCGGAGAUUGUGGAGUGUGCAUGUGUCAUCGAGCUGCCGGAUCUCAAUGGCAAAGCCAAGCUUGGCGGCCUUCCACUGUACGUGCAGGUGCAGAAAGAGGGGGACUAGUCAUCAGUCCGCGGGGUGAUCAUAUAUAACUGAAGUAUGAGGGUGUCAUUUUUUCAAGUGCUUGCCGAGUGUGAUAGGAGUGAAGGGAUGGGGUGAACGUUCAGAAGUCAUCAUACUGUGCAGCAGACUCUAUGACAGAUGUCCCCAGGGGAUAUGGAGCACUGAGCACUACAGAGAGCGUGGCAGUUUGUAGAGCAAUUUUAGUUAAAGCACUGGAAUUGGGACCUUCAAGUUGGCGCAGUGCAUGCGUGCUCAUAAAUUAAGCUACCGCUUGUUGGGC